AUGGCUUUGGAUAAUUGGUUUCAAAAUUGGCACUCGCCGUUCCUUCACGAACCAUUGCACGCACCCAUCAACCACACUACAACACCAAACAUCUUGCCUUUAUUAUUUACCUUAAAUCUGGUAAAACCAAAAGAGAAAAAACAUUUUAAUAAUCAUUUUCCUAUAAAACUAAGCAAGGAUGAGGAGUUUAACAGUAAAUCCAAGACAAAAAAUCAAACUUACGAAAAAGAGAACAAUCUAAAGCCUCUUGAAGUCACAGGUCCUUUUAAGACUUGGUACAGAUGGAAAACUUUGGAUUUCUACUAUCCAACCGAAGAGGAAAAGUUCGAGGCCAUAGCCAAAGGAGAUUUUGUACCUGAGAAUAAUUUACCUUUAGGCAUAGAAGUGUACAAAGACAGAAUAUUUCUGUCGAUGCCCAAGUGGAAAGCCGGAGUACCGGUUACUUUGGCUCAAUUGCCUAGGGUACCCAAAAAGGAGUCGCCUAUGUUGGUGCCUUAUCCAAAUUGGGGCUGGCAUUCGGAAAAAAGUUGUGAUUUAAUCACUUCAGUCUUCCGAAUGCAAGCAGAUUCGUGCGGUCGCCUCUGGGUGAUGGACUCUGGCAAAGUCUCAAUCACAACUGAAGAAGCCAAACAACACUGUCCCCCAAAACUAUUAAUUUUCGAUUUGGAAACCGACCAACUACUAACAAAGUACGUUUUCGCCAACGAGUUCAUCAAAGAGGACAGCUUGUAUUCCAACAUCGUUGUAGAUGUAAGAGAUGGAUAUUGCCACGAUGCUCAUGCUUAUAUGUCUGAUGUUUGGAGGUUUGGAAUAGUCGUAUUCCGUUUAUCAGACCAGCAAGCCUGGAGAGUAACGGAUCACUUAUUCUACCCUGAUCCUUUAGCAUCCUCCUAUAGGUUGCAUCAUCUUCAAUUCGAAUGGAUGGACGGUGUUUUUGGUAUGGCCCUAAGUCCCCAAAAAAAACCUUUUGAUGACAGAAUCAUGUACUUCCACCCUAUGUCUAGUUUUAGAGAAUUUUCACUUAGAACUUCUUAUUUGAGAAACGAAGCUGCUGAUAAUAGGGAUGCUUUUACAAUAAUGGGGCAAAGCAGAGGAGCGCAAGGGCACGUGUCUUCUUCCGUUAUGGACAAAAACGGAAUAAUGUAUUUUAAUCUAGUCACCAGGGAUUCUAUAGGGUGUUGGGAUUCGGGAAAGCCAUAUAAAAGGGAGAAUUUGGGGGUUGUUGCCAGAAGCAAACAGACUUUGGUGUUUCCAAAUGAUAUGAGAUUGGAUCAAGAGGAGGAGCAAAGUAUGUGGGUUGUCACCAAUAGGCUCCCCUAUUAUCUUAUUGAAGGUUUAGAUAUUAGUAGGAUUAAUUUUAGAGUAAUGUCCGCCUAUACUGAAGAUUCUAUAAAAGGCACCAUUUGUGAUCCAAAUGUUCACAAUGAAUUUACUUAUGUAGACUAUCUUGAGGAUAUUGAUUGCUAUUGA